UGGAAUAGUAGUUCAAAAAGAGGAGUUGAGAUUUGAUGACAAUGGAUUUGGACGCAUGUGGAAAGAGGUUGGGUAGUUGUAACCGAUCGUAUACGGACACGAUGGGACACUGGCCAUGGCAGACGAGUCAGCCACCAGGUACAAAAGGCGACAUGUAGUAGCAGUAAAUUUUGGAUCACCGCAGCACAUCAACUCUUCUUCUCAGCUACACAACAGAUUUCAUUCGCUUUUUUUCUCUUCUAUUCUUAUACCCAAUAUCAUUCAUCAUGAAGACCUGUGCUCCCUCUCUCCUCGCUCUUGCGGCACUCGCCUCGACUACGCUCGCUGCCCCAACACCCGCCCAGGACUACAGCUUCCCCAUCACCGACAUCAUCGACACCGGUCUCACUGUCGACGAGUACGCUGCAAAGCUCGCCAGCGAAGGCGUUGAGGCUCGCGAUCUUGCCAAGCGUCAAUACAACGGUGACACCUACAACCAGCUGACCGAUGGCACCGCUUGCCGUCCUAUCUCCCUCAUCUGGGCCCGUGGUACUAGCUCUCCCGGAAACGUUGGUGCAGCUGGUACCGAAGGCCCCGUCUUCUUCAACGCCGUUGCCGCCCGUGUAGGAGGAACCGGCCAAUUGGCUAUCCAGGGCGUCAACUACGCCGCCAAUGUCAUCGGUUUCUUGGCCGGAGGUGAUGCCGCAGGCGCUACUAGCAUGUUCAACUUGAUCAACCAGACCGCCUCCCGCUGCCCCAACACCAAGAUUGUCGUCUCAGGCUACUCCCAGGGCGCCCAGCUCGUCCACACCGCUACCCAGCGCCUCACUGCCGCCCAAGCUGCGCGCGUCUCCGCCGUUGUGACAUUCGGCGAUGCGGACCGCGAUGAGUCGUUUGGUGUCGUUCCCGCCUCCAAGACUCUCAUCAUCUGCCACGAGGGCGACAACAUCUGCGACAACGGUAUCAUCAUCACACCCCAGCACGGCAACUACGAGCAGGAUGCCCCUCAGGCUGCUGCGUUUGUUGCUGCUCGUGUUUUGUAAAACGAUGGAAAUGAAAAAUGAGAAGUGUUUAUGGACUUAUGAGGCAGAUGAUGAAGA